AUGAAUAGGCUGAAGAGGUCAAUCGCGGUGGUGAAGGCUGUCGGAGACGUACACGCUUCUUGCACAGUAACCACUACCUUCCUAAUUCGGACCCCGCCUCGCCUUUGCCUCCUCCAUCGUCCUCGAAUUCCCACUUCCUCACUUCUCCUCAUCGACUGCGCUCAUGCCAUGCCUAAAGACCUUGGUGAACAUAGUGUCCACCAGGUGCGGGUCUCCACCUCCCCGUUAACCAGGGAGUCUCCCGCCACCCGAAGGGCAACACCCCCCGACCCUCAGCCAUCCACCAACCUCACAGGCCUCGACCCAACCCCCUCUCAGCCCACCGACCUCGACAUGGAAAUCUUAAGCCCAACCGACUCGCGCCCAGCAUCCCCCAUGGCCCCGCCGUCGCCCAUCAAUAUGGACGAAGACUCCCAAAUCGGGGUCCUUUCCUCCCCAAUCUACAUAUCCUCCACUGAUCCUUUUGACCAGCAGAAUAACAUCGUCACUUCCUCGCUUCACUCUAUCGCAGACUGGCUUGAAUCCGUCAAAUGGGACGCUGUCUUCGGAUGCAACCCCUUGGAUGCCGCUACCCUGAACUCGAACCCCCUUGCCAGCGCAGCAACACGAGUCGUCCGGUACCUCAAUGCCGGUAUUGCUGGCAGGUCCGUCACAGUCCCCGAACUCCAGACUCCCCCGCCCGCACAGCCGCCCCGGACCACAAACCCACAGCAGCCACCGCCUCCGGCCACACAACCACCCUUGGGCUUUGACGCCCGCUCUAACACUCCUGGCCGCAUGUCCUAUGCGAGGGCCGUCUCGCACUCAUCCCAAGCCCCUUCCAACGGUUACACUAACUGGACCGUCUUGCGGUCUCCGUCAAGACAGUCUGCCUCCACCAACGAUGCAUUCAUCGAUGAAAUCAUCAGGCUAAGAGAGGUGAACCCAGACCUCUCUGCAGGCGAACUUUUGGCGCUCCAAUGCCACAUUGCUGCCAGUCGACCCCCCAGACCCCACUACGCCUCCCUUCCAAGAGGCGCCCGUCGCGCCGUCCAUGUUGUCUUCUCAGGGCCCAAGCCUGACCCUGCCCCACUUCCUGCAGUCGUCGUACAGGCGGUCAACGCCAGACUACCCGCCAAACGAAGCGCGUCCCACGCCGCUUCAGCCAAUUGGUUGUCCUGCAAUAACGUCACUAUCAGAUUUGCCCAGGCCCCAGAAGAACUGGAGAUCACCGCAGUCCGGUCAGUGCUUGGAACCCUUUUCCCACACAUCCCACCAUCGUCCUAUUCUGUUGGGAAACGGCAAAUUAUCUCUACGGUGAAGUUUCACCGCCUCCCCCUCACCCACCCUGAUGGUUCCCCUAUCACAGUUGAACAAUACACCGCAGAACUCAAGGCCUCCCCGGCAUGGCAAUCUGUGCACAUUCCACGACCCCCCUGUCUGGUCCAAGAGAAGGACUCCCACGUAGGCACACUGUAUGUCGACUUCUAUGACAACAGCCUCCUAUCGACCCUGCACCAAGUCCUAUGCGAUCCCGCCCUCUUCCAGGGCGAAGCGGUACACCCGGUCAAAUACCACAAGCAGUACUCCACACCCCAAUGCACUGCCUGUCUCCAAUGGGGCCACCCCACCCUGCUUUGCCGCUCCCCCACCCAUCGAUGCGCCCACUGCACAGGCCUCUACUCAGUGCAAGACCACCGCCAGCGAGCUGAAUGCUGCCAUGGCGACAACCCCACCCCCGACAGCCUCCUGUGCCCCCAUUCCCCCUCUUGUGUCAACUGCGGUGCACCCCAUAAUGCCACCAAUCGCUCCUGCCCAUUUUACCAGAACCGGCACAACACCGCUUGGAUCGAGCAACACCAGCCAAACCCCCUGGAUCAAUGCCAAUCUCGCGAUAGGCAUGAUGUACCGAGCUCGCGCUACGACACAGCGAGACCCCAAGGCCCUUCUAGGAGCCGCCGUGUGCAUUUUCUCCCCGUCCCCAGCACCUCACCUGCUGAACCCCAAAGCCCGCAGCAUGUAAAUGCACGUGGCUUGUAUGCCCCUCCGCGCCAGGCCAUCGCCGGCCCGUCUCGCCCUCACUAG